CGACAAUUGACUAUUUGGAUUCAAACAAAUACACAAGACAAUGAGCAGCGACUAUCACGUAUGUGGAGUUUAUUUGGGGGAGAUGUAUCGCUAGGGGUUAAUUGUUUCUAUAAUGUUGGGUUAUUCACUACAAUGAGGCGAGCUAAUGUGUUCUUCUGUUUUAUACUGUUUUCCAUUCGUGUUGUUACUUUCUUUGGGUUGAUUCAUGUUCAUUCUGUCUAUAUAUCCCCUUGGAUUGAUUCUAAACCUAUGAUGAACACGGGCAAAUUGACAAAUACGAUAUACGGCACGGCAGUACGAAGUGGGAUUAUGUACUGAUGAUGGUGUGAUUUUCCUUUUAUAUAUGUUCCUCUUAUAUUCCCCCUAAGUUUAGUAUUUUCCCUUACUGAAAUGAAUUUAUGACUUCUCUAUACCUAUAAAAUCUCUCGAGAAUGGAAGGAAUUUUUCCAGUUAACACAUACAUAGACACCUCAUUGAGGUUUAUA